UAUCAGUGGGUACACAGCAGUCACACUGGUCGUAGUCGUGUCGGGAUUUGUUUUUCUAAUUUAACUGUUUUAAUCUGUUAAUUAAUUAAUUUGUAUACUCUUCAAAAUUGCAACGAAAUCCUAAUUAAAUAUAUAUAUUUCACGGUUCUCACUACCGUCGCGUUUCCUUGUGCUAACGAAAACUAAUUGAAUUACACACGCACACAGCGAGCAAAGCAGUCGUCUGCGUCAUUGGCUAUUUUGGUCCAAAUAUUGAAAUUAUGGAAAAACAACAGCAACAAACAGCUCCCGAGGUGGCCGCCACUCCAGCACCACUGCUGGAGGAGCAACUGGACAUGGAUGACAGCAUGAAGCACUGCUUUGAGAACCUAAUUGUCAUCGAUGUGGGGGCUAAUUUGACCAACAAAAAGUAUAGCCGUGAUCUGGAUUCCGUCGUUCAAAGAGCAAGAGACGCAGGUAUUCAGAAACUAAUGGUACACGGCACUUCGGUCAAAUCAAGCAAGGAAGCGCUGCGCCUUUCGCGCAUUUAUCCCGACAUUAUCUACUCGACUGCUGGCAUACACCCACACGACUCCAAGUCCAUUGUGGAGGAGCCGUCCACAUGGUUUGACUUGGAGCACAUCGCCCAAGCACAGGAGUGCGUCGCGGUGGGUCCAUGCGGCCUGGACUACCAACGCGACUUCUCCGAACCAGACGCCCAGAAACAGAUCUUCGCCAAGCAAUUGCACUUGGCCAUUCGGCUUAAUAAACCUGUGCUAAUCCAUGAGCGGUCGGCACAGAAAGACCUACUCGAAAUACUCGACAAAUUCGAGAAUCUACCGCCUGUGAUUAUCAGAGGUUUCAUGGGCACUGCCGAGGAGGCACUGAAGUACUUGGACCGGAGGUUCUACAUAAGUUUAACCGGCUACUUGUGCAAGGACAAAUCGGACACGGGCGUACGCAGGCUGCUGGAAAAUGGCACACUGCCUUUAGAUAGAUUGCUAGUUGAGACGGAUGCUCCGUUCAUGUAUCCCAACACCAGGGCUUCCAAGCUACCGCAACAUGUCAAGACUGCCAUCACCGAACGCUCUUUGCUGUACUUACACAGAUAUUGUACCUUCCAACGGAACGAGCCAUGCAGUCUGCCAGCCAUUGUCGAAAUGAUAGCCGCAUUCAUGAAGAAAACGCCCGAUGAGGUGGCCUUGGCCACUGCCUUCAAUGCCCUGAAGCUCUUCGGUUUGUCCUAAAAAGGGUGCCGUGCCCCACCAGAGGAACUGAACGAAAAAGUGUGUGCCAGCAAGGACGUGACCUUUGCGAACAGUUUCAACGAGCCUGAGAUUCACGAUAGACUCAUUUAUGUGCCUUAACCCCUAAUCGAAUUCUUGAUGAUCCGAUCAUCUUGAUAUACACACAUAUAACGAUACACCUACACAAUUACGAACCCAUUGCAUGCGAGAACUACGUAUACCACACCAUAUGCAUGCUCCCACCCCUUACCAUACUCAUACUGGUGCAAAUUGACGAUCGAAAUUUGCACAAGUAUAGCUUUAAGUUGUUGGAAUUUCCUAAGCAGAUGCUUUAUUUACUUGAAUACCCGAGAAAACGGUGCCAAGGUAGGUGCCAAGUGAAACGCUAGACCCUUGUGAGCAAAUCAAUUUGCGAUGGGUCGGCGUUUCACGCUUCGAAGCGCGCGCUUCGAACUACAGAUAUAUAGCUAUAUAGCUUUCGAAAGCGAUAAUGUUAAAGGCUGCAGCUUGUCUUUGUUUCAUCUGUACUUAGAUUAAGAUUCAUAUUUAUAGUUCUUGUCUCUUGUUAGUUUGUAGUCCUUCUUUUUUGUACAUAUUUAUUCUUGUUGUUUAUUGCGGACCUCCCGAGGUUCGCUUACUAUAUGCGAUAUGAUGAUGAUGAUUAUGGGAAACGUGAUGUGAUCAUUUUAAGAGCUAAACCACAUAGGUUAAAGCAUAUUCAAUAUCCUAUGCCUACACACAUAUUAUAUUUUGUUAUAUUUACAUAUACAAAACAAACCGUUGUACUGGACUGAAUCAACUCACGGAGGUUGCAUAAAAAUCCGCUAUUGUGCCCAUUG